AGGCAGGCGGCCGUUCUCUCCGGCUAUAAAGGGCCCCGGGACUCCGAAGCUCGCCUCAGCUUCCUCCGACUCCGCCUUCGCCGCCUUCCUCCCAACUAGAGCUCCAGUUCCCGCUCAGGUUCCAAUCGACCCACUCGGGCUCGGCUACUCGGGCUGCAGCAGAAGAUGGCGGCUCCGGUGGCUCGGGGCGAGUGCUCCGAGGCGGCGCUGGCUGCAGCCCUGGCGGAUGUGCCGGAACUAGCCCGACUUCUGGAGCUCGACCCGUACCUGAAGCCCUUCGCCCUGGACUUCCAGCGCAGGUAUAAGAAGUUUAAUGAGACUUUGAACAACAUCGGAGAGAACGAAGGUGGUAUUGAUAAGUUUUCCAGAGGUUAUGAAUCGUUUGGUGUCCACAGAUGUGCUGAUGGUGGUUUGUACUGCAAAGAAUGGGCCCCAGGAGCAGAAGGAGUUUUUCUCACUGGAGACUUCAAUGAUUGGAAUCCAUUUUCAUAUCCAUACAAGAAACUGGAUUAUGGAAAGUGGGAGCUUUAUAUCCCACCAAAGCAGAAUAAAUCUCAACUUGUACCUCAUGGAUCCAAAUUAAAGGUAGUUAUUAGGAGUAAAAGUGGAGAGAUCUUGUAUCGUAUUUCACCAUGGGCGAAGUAUGUGACUCGUGAAGGUGAAAAUGUGAAUUACGAUUGGACACACUGGGAUCCAGAACACCCAUAUAAAUUUAAGCAUUCCAGACCAAAGAAGCCAAGAGGUGUAAGAAUUUAUGAAUCUCAUGUGGGAAUUUCUUCCUAUGAAGGAAAAAUAGCUUCUUAUAAACAUUUUACAUACAAUGUACUACCGAGAAUCAAAGACCUUGGAUACAACUGCAUUCAGAUGAUGGCAAUCAUGGAGCAUGCUUACUAUGCCAGUUUUGGUUACCAGAUCACAAGCUUCUUUGCAGCUUCAAGCCGGUAUGGAACGCCUGAAGAGCUGAAAGAACUGGUUGACACAGCUCACUCAAUGGGUAUUACAGUCCUCUUAGAUGUGGUGCAUAGCCAUGCUUCAAAAAAUUCAGAAGAUGGAUUGAAUAUGUUUGAUGGAACAGAUUCCUGUUAUUUUCAUUCUGGACCUAGAGGGAAUCAUGAUCUUUGGGACAGUCGAUUGUUUAUCUACUCCAGCUGGGAAGUUUUAAGAUUCCUUCUGUCAAACAUAAGAUGGUGGUUAGAAGAAUAUGGCUUUGAUGGAUUUCGUUUUGAUGGCGUUACAUCCAUGCUCUAUCAUCACCAUGGAAUGGGUCAAGCUUUUUCAGGUGAUUACCAUGAAUAUUUUGGACUUCAAGUUGAUGAAGAUGCCUUGAUUUAUCUCAUGUUGGCAAAUCAUUUGGUUCACACAUUGUAUCCCAAUUCUAUAACAAUAGCUGAGGAUGUGUCAGGAAUGCCAGCUCUCUGUUCUCCGAUUUCCCAGGGAGGAGUCGGCUUUGACUAUCGAUUAGCUAUGGCGAUUCCAGAUAAAUGGAUCCAGCUACUUAAAGAGUUUAAAGAUGAAGAUUGGAAUAUGGGCAAUAUUGUAUACACACUAACAAACAGACGCUACCUUGAAAAAUGCAUUGCUUAUGCAGAGAGCCAUGAUCAGGCACUAGUUGGGGAUAAGACACUGGCAUUUUGGUUGAUGGAUGCUGAAAUGUAUACCAACAUGAGUGUUCUGACCCCGUUUACUCCAGUUAUUGAUCGUGGAAUACAGCUUCAUAAAAUGAUUCGACUCAUUACUCAUGCUCUUGGUGGAGAAGGCUAUCUCAAUUUCAUGGGUAAUGAAUUUGGCCAUCCUGAAUGGUUAGACUUCCCAAGAAAAGGAAAUAAUGAGAGCUACCAUUAUGCCAGAAGGCAGUUUCAUUUAACUGAUGAUGACCUCCUUCGCUAUAAGUUCCUAAAUAACUUUGACAGGGAUAUGAAUAAAUUGGAAGAAAGAUGUGGUUGGCUUUCAGCUCCACAGGCCUUUGUGAGUGAAAAGCAUGAAGGCAAUAAGAUCAUCGCUUUUGAGAGAGCAGGCCUUGUUUUUAUUUUCAACUUUCAUCCAAGCAAGAGCUACACUGAUUACCGAGUUGGAACAACAUUGCCAGGAAAAGGAUGUUUCCUGCCUUUGACGGAGAUUCUCUCUCCUGGGAUCAUUGAGCUCCCAGAAGUUAUUGCAGCUGUAAUAAUGUGGGUGGGUUGAUUAAAGAAUCAGAUCUGAAAAUAACAUAAUAAAUGCAUAUAUUCUAAGGGGUGCAUUUUUUUCCACAUUUUAGCGUGUCUUCCAUCGGGGUAUGUCCUACAAUAAAUGCCAUGGUAGUGAUUUUUUUCUCUCUCUUUAUUGGGGAUAUAUAAAAUAAUUCAUCUUAAAAUUGAUGAUGGCUUAGAUGUAAAGAUAUAUGGUAACUUACCAUCUUUGCCAUUUUUAUGGUCACCUAGUGACUGGAGAGCCCCUUUCAUUGUUGCUCAAUUUGAAACCUUGGGGGUUGUACCUUACCAUAAAUUUCCUUAGCUUCAUCAGCAGGAGUGAAGUGAGUUUAGUACAGAAUGAUAUAAAUGAUAGUACUUCUUACAUCAAAAUCCUUAUACUUUGAACAGACACUUUAUCAAGUGGCUGAGCAAACACAGCAGCUUUUGAAGUAUUUGAAGAGCCAUUGAUUUUAAGAGUCUUCAUGCCCUCACUCUUCUUUAAUCUUAUUAGUACAGGUCUCCAGAACAUGGCUCUUUCUUGGUUCAAAUUUAAGGACAUAGAUUAUACAAUAAAGCUUAAAACUUAUCUAUGUCAACCUGUUGAUAGAUACAUCAAAUACUUAGGAAGCUAUUGAAUUUAAAAUAAGAAGAAAUCAUAAUAUUUUUAAAUGACAUUCAAAUGGAUAGGGACCUAUUUGACCUCUUUUUUAGAAAAAUCUUCAUAAAAUAAUUCCAUCAUUCUAUCAUUUUUUUUUUUCCUACUAUAAUUUGCCAAAUUGAGCAAGGUAAAGUUUUCGGUCCAAUAUUUUGUAUUCACCAAUAAAAUGACUGAAUGAACCUAAUGAAUAAAGAUGGAUCUAGAACAAAUACAAUAAAUGUCAGAUAUUCAGACACCAUAAGGAAUGUUAAGAAUUCAGUCUUUUAACAUCAAUCUUUUAAAUUGAAUUAGACUAAUCAUUUUGAUGAAUAUCACUUUAUCUGCUUUUUAAAUUUUUAUUCCUCUCAUAUCCUAUUCAUUCUGGUCACUUUAUCCUUAGAAUCUCACCUUUAGAAUUAAACAAGAAACAGUUUACAAAAUGAUUCUGCCUGCUUCUCUGUAUAAAAUAGAUGCCCCGAUGUAGAGAGUAAGGUAAUUAGAUUACAUUCGACUGGUGUAUUCAUCCCAGCUCUGCUACUAAACUGGUGGCAUGUUUCUGGACACACACAUGCUCCCCUUCUACUUUUGUCUCCCCAAAUUGUGCAUCAGUGUCCUUACUUUUCCAUCCAAAAUCUCAUUGAUAUAUCUAUGCCUCUCCAUUCCUUCUCUCCAGGUUUAACCAUACUACUAUUGUUGGACCCUUGUAAGACUCCUGAGUGUUCUCUCUGACCUGGUCUUUCCUUUGUCCGUCUUAUUCUGCCCUGACCUCUAGGUUAAUUUUCUUAAUUGUCAAACUCUUUCUCACCAGGCUUCAACAUUCUCAUACUUAAUUACCAAACUGAAUCUUAACAGCCUAGCCCGGCUUUCAAAACCCAUUAUAGACAGACAAUCAAUCCUACCUUUCCUCCUUGGCUCUACUUCUCAUUGCAUAUUGCUUUCUGCUUUAUUUAUAGACAUUUCAUGUGCACGUAUCAUCUCUCCUUACAGGCUGCAAGUUGUGUGUAAACUAAGACUAUAUCUUAGUCAUUUUUUUAUCAUGCACAGUGCCUUACACAUUGUGUGUAUCCAGUAAGUUAGUGGGAGAGUAAAGAGAACUUAUUCUACUUUCCUUUAAUACAAAAAUAUAAGAUAUGUAACUUGGCCUUUUUUGGUGAAUCAGAAUUGUCCUGAAUGUUUCAAAGAUGUAUUGAGAAGCUUUUAUGAAAAGAUAUUCUGUUCAGUGUUGGGAGGUAGUUAUGAAUGGAAGAAGGCCUGCUGAGAGUAUCCUGUUAAAUUUGUUGUCUGCUGUGGAAUUGGAAACCAUAUUUAAAAAAUAAUUUUAAAUAAGUA